UUCAUGUGUAAGCUUUGUAACUUAUUUUCACCAAAUCAAUCUGAACUGUUGUCUCAUGUCUCUGAGAAGCAUACAGAAGAAGGGACCAGUGUGGAUGACAUCAUUAUUCCGCUCCAACCUCUCACAGUACCCACAAACAUAAACAAAGAUGGAGAAGAGCUUCUUGUAGUGAAGAGGAAGAGGGGCAGACCAAAAGGUUCUACUAAGAAGUUCUGUGUGGAUGAAGAUGUGGCAGAAAACAACCCUGUUCCAAGUGAAGAAACUCCUCCUGGGACAGAAGAAGGACCAGAACUGUCUGAAGUCUCACCAGGCAGCUUGGAAUGUAGGAAAUGCAAUCGGAAGUUUUCCAACACACGUCAGCUGAGGAAACAUAUCUGCAUUAUUGUUUUAAAUGAAGGAGAGGAAGAAGGAGACGGAGGUAAUGAUUCUGACGUUGACCUUGACAGGAAGGAAGAUGAGCGAGAAAAAACUCCAAAGAGGCCCAGAGUUCAGAAAACAGAGAAAACCCCCUCAACUAAGGAGACUGAACAGGUUUCAGGAGCUAAAAAUCCUAUUAUAAGCGUGGUUUUGACAGCCCAUGAAGCUAUUCCAGGAGCCACAAAAAUUGUUCCUGUUGAGGCCACUCCCCAAGAAAGUGAACCCACAACUCCAGAGGCGACAGUUCAAGACUCAUCACAACGAAGAGGGUAUCAAGAAUAUGCCAUUCAGCAAACCCCAUAUGAACAGGCAAUGAAAUCAAGCAGGUUGGGUCCAACUCAGCUGAAGAUUUUUACAUGUGAAUACUGUAACAAGGUGUUCAAAUUUAAACACUCCCUCCAAGCACAUUUGAGGAUUCAUACAAAUGAAAAACCUUACAAGUGUUCAUACUGCAGUUAUGCCAGCGCAAUCAAAGCCAACCUCAAUGUUCACAUGCGGAAACAUACAGGGGAGAAGUUUAGCUGCGAUUAUUGUACGUUCACUUGUCUCAGCAAAGGCCAUCUCAAAGUCCAUAUUGAAAGAGUUCAUAAGAAAAUUAAGCAGCAUUGUCGCUUCUGCAAAAAGAAGUACUCAGAUGUUAAAAAUUUGAUCAAGCAUAUCAAGGAAACACAUGACCUUCAAGAUAAAAAGGUGAAGGAUGUUUUUGAUGAGCUUCGCUUGAUGACACGGGAGGGCAAAAGACAACUUCUUUACGACUGCCACAUUUGUGAACGCAAAUUCAAAAAUGAACUCGACCGAGACCGUCACAUGCUUGUUCAUGGUGAUGAAAGGCCCUUUGCUUGUGAGCUCUGUGGUCAUGGAGCCACUAAAUACCAAGCUCUUGAGCUUCAUGUGCGAAAGCACCCAUUUGUUUACGUGUGUUCUGUGUGCCUGAAGAAAUUUGUCAGUUCUGUAAGGCUCCAUGCUCACAUCAAAGAUGUGCACGCAGAUUUGCAUGAGACUUCUGUUUUUAACAGUUCUAUCAAUCAAAGUUUCUGCCUUCUUGAGCCGGGAGGUGAUAUCCAGCCGGAAGCCCUUGGUGAACAGGUAGCACAAAGUACAGAUGAAUUAGGUGACAUGAAUACUAAUGCUAUUGACACACCACAACCUUCUGCUUGUAAAGGUGACUCAACAGCUGCAGAUGUAAACCAUAAUGGCCAACAUAACGGUGACUUAAAAAUUGAUACGGUCCCUUUGUUAGAAUUUGAAAAUCCUCCAGUGGAGAAUCUGACAGAGAAGCUGUGUCAGCCAGCAGACAUAGGAGUUGCAAGCAUUCAAUCCAGCGUAGCAUCAGAUUGCUUUCUGCAGAAAGACGGUACUUCUGGCUCUGAUGUGUUAAAGGUUUCUCCUGCAAAUGAAGAGGAAGUUAAUCACUGCAAUUCUGUAAAUGAGCAGGGUGAAGAAAUUAAUCUUUUGCUAUCUGAAGACAAAAGUUUAAAUCCAAGUCAGAACAAUGCAGUGACUGAGGACCUUUCAGUCUCUGAAGAGAGAAAUCAAUCUGUCCCUUCUAAUGAAUCAGAAACAAGCAAUCCACCAAUUCAAGAUUCAACAGAAACCACAAAGCCCUUGGCAGCACCAGAAGCGGAUGCAGCCGCCCGUCCACGGGCAGCCUCUUCUAAUGCGGUUACAUCAGACAGUGGGAGCGGAGCUGUUGCCUUUAUGCAGAUCUUGGAUAGCUUGCAGAAGAGACAAAUGAACACGGAGUUGUGUGAGAGGAUAAGGAAGGUUUAUGGAGACUUAGAAUGUGAAUAUUGUGGCAAGUUGUUUUGGUACCAAGUGCAUUAUGAUAUGCACGUUCGUACGCACACUCGAGAACAUUUGUAUUACUGCUCCCAGUGCAAUUAUUCUUCCAUCACCAAAAACUGCCUUAAGCGUCACGUCAUUCAGAAACACAGUAAUAUUUUGCUGAAAUGUCCUACAGAACAUUGUGACUACUCUACUCCAGAUAAAUACAAGCUCCAGGCACAUCUUAAAGUUCACACGGAACUGGAUAAAAAGAGUUAUUCCUGUCCUGUGUGUGAGAAGUCAUUUUCUGAAGAUCGACUUAUAAAAUCACACAUCAAGACAAAUCACCCUGAGGUUUCAAUGACUACUAUUUCUGAGAUUCUUGGCAGAAGAGUUCAGCUGAAAGGACUUAUUGGAAAACGAGCUGUGAAAUGUCCCUACUGUGAUUUUUAUUUUAUGAAGAAUGGAUCAGACCUUCAGCGUCAUAUUUGGGCUCAUGAAGGUGUCAAGCCCUUUAAAUGUUCUCUCUGUGAGUAUGCCACUCGCAGCAAGAGUAACUUGAAAGCCCAUAUGAAUCGUCACAGCACUGAGAAAACGCACCUUUGCGAUAUGUGUGGGAAAAAGUUCAAAUCAAAAGGCACUUUGAAGAGCCAUAAGCUCCUUCAUACUGCUGAUGGAAAACAGUUUAAAUGUACAGUGUGUGACUAUACAGCUGCCCAAAAACCACAGCUCCUACGUCAUAUGGAGCAACAUGUCUCUUUCAAGCCUUUUCGUUGUGCACAUUGCCACUAUUCCUGCAACAUAUCUGGUUCCCUGAAGAGGCAUUACAACAGAAAGCAUCCUAAUGAAGAGUAUGUAAAUGUAGGUUCUGGUGAGCCUGCAGCAGAAGCUCUUAUCCAACAAGGUGGCAUUAAGUGUCCUGUUUGCAGCUUUGUGUAUGGUACGAAGUGGGAGUUCAACAGACAUCUUAAGAACAAGCAUGGAAUGAAGCUAGUGGAACAGGAUGGGGAGAGCAAAUGGGAGUUAACUGCUGAAGUUUCUGAAGAAGCAUCGACUCAGUAUCUCCAUAUCACAGAGUCUGGAGAAGAUGUUCAAGGCACUCAAGCUGCAGUAGCUGCAUUACAGAACCUUAGAUAUACUUCUGAGAAUGGUGAAAGACUUGAUCCAACAGCAGUAAACAUCCUGCAGCAAAUCAUUGAGUUGGGUUCGGAAACCCAUGAUGCCACUGCAGUUGCUUCUGUAGUUACCAUGGCACCUGGGACGGUGACAGUGGUAAAGCAGGUAAAAGAAGAGGAGCAAUCAGCCAAUCACACUUUGAUGAUUCAAGAGACCCUGCAGCAGGCUUCAGUGGAGCUGUCUGAACAGCAUCACCUGGUAGUCUCCUCAGAUGAAGUGGAGGGAAUUGAAACAGUGACUGUCUACACACAGGGUGGAGAGGCUUCAGAAUUCAUAGUUUAUGUUCAAGAAGCUAUGCAGCCUGUAGAAGAACAAACUGUGGAACAAUCGGUGCAGGAGCUCUAG